GCACCACCACCUCCAUCCUCCUCUCCCUUGCCGCAGCCAUGGCUCCUCCGGCUGCAUCGGCCGCGGCGCCGCCCGCCAACGUCUCCGCCGUGCUGCCGCUCGAGCUCAUGGACCGCUGCAUCGGCAGCAGCGUGUGGGUCAUCAUGAAGAGCGACGGCCGCGAGAUCGUCGGCACGCUCCGCGGCUUCGACGACUACGUCAACAUGGUGCUGGACGAUGUGACGGAGUACGAGGGACGGGGGGACAGUCGCAAGGUGACGAAGCUGAAGCAGACGCUGCUCAACGGCGCCAACAUCUGCCUGAUGAUCCCGGGCGGCACCGGCCCGUCCGAGUAGACCUCAGCGCCGAGCCGCCGCGCUUCCCACUCGAACACGAUCGCGCGCU